AUGGCUACCCCUAGUGUCCUAGCUUUUGACGCUGAGGGUCGCGCCAUUGACUUUGAGGUCUGGGUAGACGACCUGCAGCUGUUCUUACAGUGCGAUAGGGCAGACGGUCUUUCUCUCUUUGACCUCACCUCUGGCGCCGUCCCUGCCCCUGCUGCUGAUGCUGACCCCACUGGGUGUUCUCCUUCCCCUCUCUUGCCCUCUGUCGCCUCUGCCGCUGCGGCCGACCUCGUUGGUCUUGAGUCGGUCGGUGCGGCGUCUGCCCCUAGCGGGAGACGCCGCCCUGGCAAGGGCAAGGGGGGCAAGGGAGUGGGUGGGGCCAGCGGGGGCGGUGGAGGAGGAGGUGGAGGCGGCGGAGGGAGUGGGGGUGGCGGUGGAGGUGGUGGCGGGGGUGGAGGUGCUAGUGGCAGCAGUGGAGGCGGAGGCGGCGUCGGCGGCGGCGGUACUGGCGGAGGUGGCGGCGGUGGCGGAGGUGGAGGAGGCGGAGGUGGAGGUAGUGGAGGUGGUCGGAGUGGAACUUCGCAGCGGAGCGGCACUGGGGGUGGUCAGCGCCAGCAGCAGCAGCAGAAGCAGCAGCAGCAGCAGCGUUCUCGCGACGUCUCCACCCCUUAG